CUCGCCCGAGUUUCCCCUUUCCUGCCCACCUCGUGCAAGGCCAGCUCGGGGGCCGCUCGCCCCCGGUGUGCCCCUGGAGCCCCCCGAGACCUAAGGAAGUAGCGCGGACCGUGCGGAGAGCACGGCAAGAGCGGGGAGGAGAAGUGGGGCACAGGCGGAGCGACCCCUGCAGAACGCACCCCAUGUCUGGGGGCAAGGGCCGCCUCUGGGUCAGUCCCCCGCCCGCACGGACUGCGGGCGGGGCCGCUGUUUGUUCAAGGGGGCGGGCCGGAGAAGGCGUUUCUCUGCUGAGGAGCGGAUCCGGGUGGCCCCCGUGGCCCCCGAGCGCUGUGGCGCCCGGGAGCCCGGAGCCUUGCCCUGGCCAUGGCCGAGCGGCACGGGAGUCUGGGGGCGCGCCUGGCCCGCGGCUUGGCCAGGCUGGGGCUCCGGAGGGAGCGCCGGGGGAAUCGGACCCCGGAGGAGGCCAGAGCCCGGGAUAGGCCCUGGGGUGGCCGGAGCUGCCCUGACCUAACCCAGGGCCUGGGCAGCACCAGCAACUUCAGCCUCAAGGCCCAGUCCCACAGCUGCUCAGAAUGGGACCUUCGGGCAGGGAGCCGUGGUUCCUGGCUUCGGAGGAGACGACACAGCUCAGGGGAGCCCCCUCAGCCCCUGGGGCGCCUACAGAGGCCAGCUGUGGGCAGUGCUUCUGACCUGGCCAACUAUGCCUCCGUGGGACUGGAGAGCCCCUCAGGCCCGGUGCCAGCUCCUGGAAGUUUGGAGCAAGGAACCCCAGGCUGCGCUUGCCCGCGAACCCCAGGCACUGCCCCCGAGGUUCCUGCGAGGCCUGAGCCACCAGGCAACCUGGAAAACCUGCUGCCCCGCCCAGCGUCCUUCCCCACGGCAGAAGGGGCAAAGGGCGAGGCUGUCACACCAGGGCCAGCCCUGCCACAUCCAGCCCGGACCCUACACCAGUGUCCCUCUGCCAGGAGGACCCGCUACCACAUCACUGUCACCCUCCAGGGGCACGGGCAGGCACUUGGGGAGGUGGGUGGGGAACCUAAACCGGCCCAACCAGCUCUCCACCCCUGCGGCCUUGAGGAAUCCAGGGGCUGGCAGGAUCCUCCCCAGGGGCCCCGCCCCGUCACGGGGUGCCCCACAGACCUGCCCCAGGAGCCCGGACUGAGCGCCCCGCCGCAUCAGGAGGCCACAGCCCAGCAACAGGAGCACUGGGCCCACUGGACACCCGGGUCCCCACACGGACGGGAGCUGGAGCACAGGGAGCCGAGGACACCUCAGGACAGGUUGCCAGGGCGCAACAUGGAGGAGGCAGGCGGGCCCCCAGCUCAGGCUGAGGCCCCAGUGGUGAGCACCAUGCUGAUGUGGCGGCGGCUGCCCCCUGCCCAGGAAGAGAUGAGACACCGCUUUCACAAGAUGUCCCUGGUGUCGGGGGAGCAGACAGAAGCCCCCCAGGAGAUGUUCGAGUACAGCCACUGUCGAGAGGAAGUCAACGGCUUUGCAACACGGGAAGAAAUGACUGUAAAUUACCAGGGACCCCGGGAUGGGUCCCGCUCCAAGAGCUGCCAGAGCCAUGGGCCCAUCUUUUCUAAGAAGUACACGCUACUCCCUAAGGAGAAAAGGCCAGUGGGAAGGCUGAAGGAGGCGGUAGGCCAGGGUGAUGGCCGCCCCCCAGAGCCCAGGACUGAGCCAACACACCUGGGAGCUGUGGCCAGGACUGAGAUUUUGGUGCCCCUGCCUGGGCCCCGUGAGCCAAGCCCCCACCCAGGUGUCAGUCUCAUCAGCGGGAGCCCCCGGAUCCUCGAGGAACGUCGGGUGACACGCACCAUGCAGACCACCGUGGUGGUGGGAGGGCACUUGGAGCGACGGGUGAACAGCUCCGUGACCGCGGGGCCGAUGCUGUCGGGCGAGGCCCUGCUGAGGGGCCGCAAAGUUGUUCGCGCCGUACGGGCGGUGGUGGUGAGCCCCCAGGCCGGGGGCUCACCAAGCCGCAGUCAAGCCCGGGAGCUGCUAAGUAGCCUUGUGCCUGCUGAGCGUAGCACCCCCGCCAGCCGGCUUCCCAGGCCCAUGGCGGUUGUGCCAGGGAGUCCGGGUCUGGGCGGUGGCACAGGGGGUGUGGCCUCGGGGAAGCUCCCUGAGACAGGGAUGGCAGAGCCAAAGGACAAACCUGCUCUGGUCCCUGCACGCAUCCCAGAGGAUGUUCACGCACCUCAGAACCAGGAAGUCCCUGCAGCUCACCCAGACCAAGACCGGAGCAGAGCCCCAGAUUCCAGAGCCCAUGAGGUCCCAAGGGUGCAGGGGGUCUCCAGCUCCACCCAGCCCCCUCUCCAGAUUUCUCAGGGCCAUGCACUGUCACCCUCCUCUCCCAGACGCCAGACUCGUACCCCCUCCCUGGACCCAGUCCGCCCCCCAGAGCAGCCUGUAGUGCCCACUCACCCUAGGACCCAGCUCACUGUCAAGCCCAGGGGACCCCAGGCCCUGCCCUCUGUAAAAAGGGAAGGGUUCACAGAUCCCUCUCCUGCCACCAUACUGCCCAAGGUGAAGAGCGAGGUGGUUGUUACAGUCCCUGGACAGCCUCUUCCGCCAACCUCUACAAGAAGGAAGGCAGUCCCAAGCUCAGGAGGGCUUUCUGCUCCAUCCUCCCCAAGGAAUAAGUUUGUUCAGGACUCUGAAAAUGUCCCUAUCUUCUCCCUUACCCAGGAGGAGGUAGCGCAGGGCCCCGGUGUCCAGGCUGACCCAUCCCCCACCCAGAGGGAGGUUGAGCAGGGCCCUGGUGCUCCUGCCACCUCAUCCCCCAAGCCAACCAAGGUUGUCCAGGCCCCAGAAGGCAGCCCUAGCACCCAAAAAGAGGCUGUUCACAGUACUAACGGCGGCCUUGCUUCUUCUCUCAGCAAGGACAAGGCUGUUCGAGGCCUGACUGCUUCCACUAUCCCAUCACCCCAAAAGGAAGAGGCUGUUGAGGGCUCUGAAGUGAGCCGCAUCUCAUCCCCCACCCAGAAAGAGGUUGUCCAGGGUCCUGGUGCUUCUGCUGCCCCAUCUCCCACCCAGAAAGUGGCUGUCCAGGACGCUGCUGCUCUCCCUGCCCCCUCCUCAGGGGGCAAGGUGUCCCCCAGCCCAGGAGGCCCACCUGCUCCAGUGCUGAUGGAAGUAGAGGCCAGCCUGGAGGCCCAGCUUGUCCCUGACUCCACCGAGGGCAAGAUGUUCCCAGAGACAUCCAGGGAGGAGGAGGUGGCCCUGGCUGCUGACCUGGAGAUUUUCCUGGACACUCUGCGGAGCAUGGAGCCCCCCGAGAUCCUCCGCACUCACCGGCUGCCACGAGCCCCCCGCUCCUCCUACCUGGCUAUGUAUGCUACGCUGCCCGCCAUUGAGGAGGACCAGCCCGGACCAGGGGUGCUGGGACCCAGCCCCCAGGAGGCACCCACACUAGAAGGGAAAGAGGAGGAGGAAGAGGAGGAGGAAGAACCAGAGAACCCCUACCUAAGCGACGAUGAGAAGCUCCAACGCAGACAGGAGAAAGCCGGGUCCAAGCCCUCCUGGGACUCUCGCCCUGCGAGGCCCUCCCAGGUCUCUUGUUCUCCUCUGGAGAUGAUGAAGAAACAUGUGGCAGAUGCCAAGGGCCCCCACCCAGAGCUGAGGCCAGAGUGGCAAGCAGGGGGCAGGCCCCCUUCCCGUCUUGGAGGCAGCCUUCUCUUUGGUGGUCUGGUGCCCACCAUGCAGGAGGCCCCCACCUCGGAACCACUGGGCACAAAACUAUCUGCUCUGACACCCCACAUGACACCGGGGCUCAGGAAGGUGCCAGGACAGCUGCCCCUGCUGUGCAGCGAAAGGCCACUGCUGGAGAACCCUGCUUGUGCCCGGCCCCCGGAGGGGUGGAGCCCAGCAUUGAAGACCCAGGGCAAGCUGAACAUCAGGCCUGGAAAGAUGAUCCUCUUCUCAGAGCCUGGCUGCCAAGGCAGCAGCAGGGAGGUCUGGGAAGACACUGCCGACACCUCUGGCUGGGCCUGCAUGGCCUCUGUAAGGGUGGUUCGAGGCUGCUGGAUGCUCUACGAAGAGCCAGAGUUCCGGGGCCGGAAGCUGGUCCUGCCUGAAGGAGAUGCGAAUUUAGGAGUCUCGGGGCCAGCGUGGAGCACCCAAGGCAUUGGCUCCCUGAGGCGGGUUGUCCGGGAUUACAUUAGCCCAGAGAUCAUCUUGUACUCUGAGGAGGGCCUCAAGGGGGAGCAAGUGAAGCUAACGGAUGCCUUGGAGGACUCCCAGGGCCCGGAGAGGCCCCUGCAGGUGGAAUCUGCCACUGUCUCUGCAGGACUGUGGCUGCUGUACCCCAAACCCUUCUUUGAAGACACUCCCUGCAUCCUGGAGCCUGGAGAGUACCCCACCUCAGAGGCCUGGGGUACAUCAGACCCCAGGGUGGGCUCCUUGAAGCCCAUGCGACUGGGCUGCCCGAGUGUGGAAAAGCCAGGGGAGCCCAAGGUUGUGGUUUAUGAGGCCACAGGCUUUCAGGGCCAGAGCUGGGAAGUGAGCAGAGACAUCUACAACCUUCAGCAGCCAGAGGACAGCCAGAGCCCCCACCUGGCCUCUGUGGGGUCCCUGCGAGUUCUUGGGGGCUGCUGGGUGGGCUACCAGAAGGCAGGCUUCCGGGGCCACCAGUAUCUGCUGGAGGAGGGGGAGUAUGCUGAUUGGUCACACUGGGGAGGCUUUGACGAGGGGCUGACCUCCCUGCGGGUCAUCCGGACGGACUUUGGGGACCCGGCCGUGGUGCUGUUUGAGGCCAUGGACUUCGAGGGGCAUGGCGUGGAGGUGAGAGAGGCAUUGCCGGACGUGGAGCUGGCGCGACACGGCCCCCACACGCAGGCCAUCCACGUGCUCAGCGGCGUGUGGGUGGCCUAUCAGAAGGUGGGCUUCUCCGGGGAGCAGUACGUGCUGGAGAAGGGCGUGUACCGCAACUGCUAUGACUGGGGCGCGGGCAACAGCGCCCUCGCCUCGCUGCAGCCGGUCCUGCAGGUCGGCGAGCACAAUCUGCACUUUGUCUCAAAGAUUCAGCUUUUCUCCGGCCCCGACUUCCUGGGCGACCACAUCUCCUUCGAGGAUGACCAGACCUCCCUGCCCGCCUGCUUCCAGGUCCAGUCUUGCCGUGUCCACGGGGGCAGCUGGAUCCUGUUUGAUGAGAAGAACUUUGAGGGUGACCAACACAUUCUCUCCGAGGGCGAGUUCCCCACUCUCACAGCCAUGGGCUGCCUAGCCUCCACAGUCCUGGGCUCUCUCCAGAAGGUACCCCUGCACUUUUCAGAGCCCUCCAUUUUUCUGUACGGACUGGAGUGCUUUGAGGGGAAGGAGAUCGAGCUGGACAGGGAGGUGCGCAGCCUGCAAGCGGAGGGCUUCAACAACCACGUGCUGUCCGUGCGGAUCAGGGGGGGCGUCUGGGUGCUGUGUGAGCACAGUGACUUCCGGGGCCGCCAGUGGCUGGUGGGCAGCUGCGAGAUCACCAACUGGCUGACGUACAGCGGGACGCAGAGGGUGGGUUCCCUCUACCCCAUCAAGCAGCCCCGGGUUUAUUUCCGCCUCUGGAAUCCCGCACUGAGGGGAUUCCUGGCGGUGCCAGACCACGUGGAGGACAUGAAGGCGGGCCGUGUGGUGGUCUCUGAGCCCCAAGCGGGAGGCAGCUGCAUCUGGUACUACGAGCAUGGGCUGCUGAAGAACCAGGUGGCCCCGACCAUGAGCCUGCAGGUGAUCGGGCCCCCCAACACAGGCUCGAAGGCGGUGCUGUGGGCUGAGAGCCGCCUGCCCCGCCAGACGUGGAGCAUCAGUGAAUCGGGCCACAUCUGCAGCCAGAUGUUUGAAGGCCGGAUCCUAGAUGUGAAGGGCGGCCGGAGCUAUGACCAGGACCAUGCGGUGCUGUGGGAGCUGGCCAAGGACCGGGCGUCCCAGAUCUGGACCGUCCAUGUGCUCUGACCGCCCCCGUUCCCCAGCCCUGGAGGCUUUCCCUGGGAUGGAAUGUUUUUAUAGGCUUUUUGUUGUUGUUGUAACAUAAGCUGUUUUCUAAUAUGCUCCCAGGUACCCUCAUCUUUGUGCACCUUGAUAUUUGGGGAUGGGGUGAGGAUUUGUUCACCUGCCUUCUUUGCCCUAUACUCGCCCUACUUCUUUCCUCCCAGCUCUGGUUCUGGGGCUCAGCUGUAAGGCCUCCCUUGGCCACCAGAGGGAGCCCUGGGCCCAGACAAACUGAUGAGUGUGGUCUUUAUGCUGUCACCCCAAAUGAUGGGUUCCAAGAGCCGGCUCUGAGCCAGGUCCAAAUGGGUCCACUGAGCUGUGGGGCACAAACAGAAGCCAAGCCCCUUGGUACCUGCCCUCAGAGAACUCACAGGCUAGUGGAGGAUUCCUACAGGUAGGGUAAUAACACUCAAUGGUAGGAUAGGAAGGGAAGUAGAAGGAUGCACAGAGGAGGAACCUGAACCACUUAGGGGCACAGGGCAGGCUGCUGGGAGGAAGGGAUGCUCAGCUGAGAUGUGGAGGAGGGGAAGGAGUCAGCCAGGCUAGAGGGUGGCGGAGGAAAAGUGUUCUAGGGAUGCAGGUAAGUCGAGGGGUGAAGACUUGGAAGUUCAGUAUGAAGGAGUUGCAGCGGGCCAGGCAGGAGAGGUGAAUGGGAGACACACCCCCAAGGACCUUGCCCACUGGCGUCCCUCUUAAUUUCCCCCAACUCCAGUCUAAAGGCCCAAAGGUUUGGCCUCUCAGUCAAAGAAGCCAGGACAGGGAGUCUGGGUUCUUAACCCAGCCUAGAAAAGACAGGACAUAGAAGAGGAACAGCUCCCUCCAUCCCCCGAUCUAGCAGGCACUUCUCAGCCCCUUGGCCAAGGUCCUCUAGGAAGAGACAGAGAAGCUCAAGGCCCUUGGGGGCUUCUCUGGGGCUCCCUUCCCUCCUUGCAGCUCCCAGUACCACCACUGCAGACCCAGGAUGCUAGAAGUGGUUAGAGCACCUGUGUCCUUCCUGCCUUCCCAGCCUGGGUUCAGUGGGGUAUAAGUGGACGGCCUCCUCGUCAUCCUUUUCAGCACCCCUGGUGGACCAGUGUCCAGUGUCCGGUGAGGACAGGAGGGUGCCUGUGGGGCUGAGACCCCAAGAGCUGAGGGAGUGGGUCUCUGAAUCUGCCAUUCUGAAGACACCCAGGUAUAGGGUGAGGGAUUCUCUGAGCUUCUGCAACCGGGGAUGUCCAGGGCCAGGAUGGGGGGAGGCGGGUCCUCUGGGACCGUCAUUCCCAAACACCUAGGGCUGGGUGAAGCACAUGCAACUAAAGAGGCUGGCAGAUUCUGGGCCAUGUCCCUGCAAGGUGAUCCUGAGGGGAGAGGCCUCCGCCCUGGGAUUCUGGGGCGGGAACGCUAGCAUAGGAGCUCUCUGGUGCUACCUCUCCUGCUGGGGGGGGCAAGGGAAGAUCCUUGGUGCUGCUGCAAACCAGGCUCUUGGAGUCCGGCGAUGUGCAGUGACCACACGCAGGACCCCGCUCCAAGUACAGGACAACUUUAUUGAUCCCCAGCUGGGUGCCGCUUGCCCCCCCAUAGCUCCAAGGCACUGCCUCUCAAUUCCCACAGCCUGGUCAUCUCUGGCAUCAACCCCUCCCAGGGACGUGGUGGUGGUGGGGCGGGGGGCUUCUCUUGCUAGUGAUGGUGGCAGCUGUCUCAGGGGGCCCGGAGCUAGGGCUGAGGCAUGUCACCUCAGCUGAGGUAGAAGAGCUGGACGAGGGUGUUAGCCAGGAAGAGAAAGACACUGCUACCGCCUACGUUGCUGAGUGCUGGGGAUGCACUCUUGGGUUCCUUGGUGGUGGUGGCUGUGGUACCAUUUCCCAGGACUCCAGUUUCUAUCUGCAAGAGAAGUGGGGCAAGCUCAGGGCUUUCGAAGCUCAGGUUAUUUAGAGACCUAGUUCCCCUACCCUGAUACAAUAGUUCUCUGGUCUCUGUCCCCCAUGACCAUGACUUCUGCCACAAGGUCUUGUGGGGACAGGACCUUCCUGCCUUGGCACAGGCAGGGUCAAAGGCGGUUCCUCCCAUGGAAGCUUCUUUUCACCUCCGCCAAGCCACCAGCUCCUCCAGCAUGUGGGAGACAGGAACCUGUGUCUCAGCCCUUGACCUGACUAGCUGAGCUAGGGGCUCAGCCUCUCUGAGCCUACUUCCUCAUCUUCUGAAUGAGCCCAUCACAAUCUUGAGGUCGUGUGAAACGAGGCUGGGGAGAAGACACUGGCAAAGUGUGGGUGGGCGAGGAGGU